GUAAAAAAAAAAAAAUGGGUUAUUAACAUAAACUUUUCAGAUUUUGAGUGAUUUGGUGUAAUUAUCUCAUCAAUAAAACCUAAAAAAAACAGAAAAAAAUCAAAAAAGAGGCGUAAUCUGUUCAGAAUCAGGGAAGAAAAUGUUACUAAACCAGAGAAAAAGAAAGAGAACGACAAUGAAGGAAAUUAACGAAACGAAAGAAGACAGAAUCAGUCAAUUACCGGACUGUCUUCUCCAUCACAUCUUCUCCUUCUCCGACACAGCUCACGUUGUUAAAACUUGUAUUUUGUCGAAAAGAUGGAGGUACUUAUGGACUUCUUCUCCCAAUCUUAAUUUCAAUUCCACCACCUUUUCUAGGGUUACUACCUCCGAAGAAAAAUCUUUCUUUAACUUUGUUAAUCAAGUUCUUCUUCGUCGAAAUUAUACACCCAUCAACAAUUUUUUCUAUAACUCCCUUAAUUUUGUUGAAGCUGGUGCUGUUGAAUCAUGGAUAUACUAUGCAGUUAAGCAUCAAGUUCAACAUCUUAUAAUAGAAGCUUAUUGUCCUAAUUUGCCCCCUCGGUUUCCUCAUUGCUUUUUUGGCUGUACAUCAUUAACAACUCUCAAACUCGUUACCUGUGAUUAUGAAAGCAUGACAUUGCCUAGAACUUUAGACUUACCCUCUUUGAAAAAUUUGCACCUUGUUAGAUUUAAAGAUUUUGAUGGGAGUAUCUUUUCGAGUUGUCCGAAUCUCGAGACCCUAAAACUUGAAAAGCUAUGGAUGGAUCGUAUUCGGAAGUUCAGUGUUUGUGCUCAAAAUCUAAAAAGCUUGGAUAUUUUAAGUAUGGCUGAACUAAUGUUUUAUCCCAACUGUGAAUUUAUUAUUAUGGCUCCAAAGCUUGUGGAUAUCAAGUUUGUUGGCCAUCCUCCUUUACUCUACUCUACUAAGAAUAUUUGUUCUCUCGACCAAAUUGAUGUCGAUUUGCCAAGCCAUGAAUUACUGGAUCGCCUCUAUCGUACGGAUGAGCAAAAGCAAAAGUUUGCUCUCGAUGUGCUCCAAAUGCUUAAUGCAUUUCAUAUUGCAAAAACCAUCACAUUGUCCGCGAAUGUCAUUCAGGUUCUAUCCUACAUUCGUUGUUCUCUGAAUGAGCACCCUUUGCCGUUUCCAAAUCUAAAGUUUCUGAAGUUGAAGAGUAGUGAGUCAUCCAAGAAUGUCAAGAUACCGACCUUUAUCUUAAAUUACUUUCUUAAGAGCUCUCCAUUGCUGGAAAUAUGUUGGUAAAGAUUACAAAGUAGGCUCAUAUUGUGUAAGUCCAAGAAGGUCAGCAGCAUGUGUCUGUAUCUGGACUUAUUUUCGCAAGAGCUGUUCUUCGUUUUUGAAUGCACAGGCAACUACAAGUUAAUUACAGUGCAAACAACAGCAGCAUUGUUACAUGUUAGAUUGGUGAGAUUUGGAAGAAAGAGAACAUUUUGAUGUUAGCUUUGGUUUUUAGUUGAGUUUGGUUAUACACUUCCUAAAAAAAGUUUGUUUCUAUUUUUUUGAUAAAAUAGUCAAUUGGAUGAGUUAAA